ACAAAUAGUUAAUUCUGGUUUCUCUAGAAUUGUAGCCUGCACAGCUUCUCCACAUUUUCACUGUAUUAUGCCGAAAUGCCUUGAAAUUGAAAUGAAAUCUUGUUCAAGGCAUCGAUUUUUAAAUUCAAUUCUGGAUUCCAGAUCAGGAUAAUUUAGGGAUGCGUAAAUCACAGAACCCUUCGACAAGGCAAACUACUCCACGCCCACCUCAUUCUCACAGGCUUUAUACAUCACGUCUACUUACGAACCAAAAUUGUUAUCAUGUAUGCCAAAUGCGCCAAUCUUGAGGCUGCACGGCAAAUGUUUGACUACUUACCCCACCUAAACGCAGUUUCAUGGACUGCAAUGAUAUCAGGAUAUGCGCAAGAUGGAUGUUUGGAUGAAGCGCUGCAGCUCUUUCAUGAGAUGCCGGAGCCAAAUGUGGUUACAUGGACUGCGUUGAUUUCAGGGUAUGUUCAGAAUGGGUUAUGUAAUGAAGCUUUGCAACUUUUUAGACAAAUGCAGCUUACAGUUGUGAAGCCAAAUUUGGUGACUUUGGCCAGUGUUCUCUCUGCAUGUGUUAGCUUGGAAGCAGUGGAACUUGGCAAGGAAAUUCAUAAAGAAAUAGUUAGAAGUGGAUAUCAAUUCAAUGUCUUUUUGGAAAAUGGGCUUACAGAAAUGUAUGGCAAAAGCGGUAGGAUUGAUGAAGCACGCAAAGUGUUUGACAAAAUGCUUGUUCGAAAUGUAAUCUCGUUCAAUGUUAUGAUUGCAGCUUACAUUAGAUAUGGGAAUGAUAAGGAAGCUUCGAGUGUGUUUGGCCAAAUGCAAGGAUUAGGCAUAAGACCAGACGAGUAUACCUUCUCCAGCUUAGUUUCUAUAUGUUCUUACUUGGGUUCUCUUGGACUUGGUAUGGGGAUUCAUGAAGAUAUAAUCAGACGUGGAUUUCAGUCUAAUGUCUUUGUGGGAAAUAGCCUUAUAGAUAUGUAUGUGAAAUGCGGACAGAUGGACCGUGCGCGUAAGGUUUUUGACAAAAUGCCUGAACGAGAUGUGGUUUCAUGGAAUGUGAUGACUGCAGGAUAUGCACAGAAUGGGAAAUUUGAUGAGGCACUGAAGCUCAUUGAGCAAAUGCAGGCGGUGGGCGUCAAACCAGAUUCAGUAACUUGGAGUGUCUUGAUUGUGGGAUACACAGAACAUGGGAAUGUUGACGAGGCACUUGAGCUUUUUCAUAAGGUGCCCAAACGAAAUGCUAUCUCUUGGACUGCAAUAAUUGCUGGAUGUACACGGCAAGGUAAGGUUAAUGAUGCCCGGGAACUCUUUGAGGAAAUGCCUGAAAAAAAUGUUGUCGCGUGGACUGCAAUGAUCUCAGGCUAUGCUCAAAAUGGAUGUUACGUUGAGUCGCUAAAUGUUUUCCAACAAAUGCAACUAAAAGAUGCAGAACCAAAUUCAGUCACCUUUGCCAGUGUUCUCCCAGCUUGUGCUAACUUGGCAGCUCUAGGACAUGGUAAGGAGAUUCAUGAAGAUGUAAUCAGGAGAGGAUUUCAAUCUGAUCUCUUAGUGAGGAAUGCUCUUGUAGACAUGUAUGCCAAAUGUGGGAGCUUAGGUGAUGCUCGUAAAGUGUUUGACAAGAUCUAUACAAGAGAUGUGAUUUCAUGGAAUGCAAUGAUUUUAGGAUAUGCAAUGCACUGGUGUAGCAAGGAGGCGCUUGAGCUCUUCGAGCAUCUGCAAAAUUCUGGCGCUAAGCCAGACCAUUUGACCUUUGUAGGUGUUCUCUCUGCCUGCUCCCAUGCGGGCCUGGUUGAUGCUGGUCAGAGGUACUUUGAUAGCAUGAUAAACGAGUAUAACAUCAUGCCUGAAUUGCAGCACUAUUGCUGCAUGGUUGAGAUUUUAGGCCGUGCUGGGCACUUAGAUCAGGCUAAAGAUUUUAUAAUGAAAAUGCCAAUACAACCAGAUUCUUCUGUGUGGAGAUCCUUGCUUAGUGCUUGUAGAAUCCAUAACAACACACAACUAGGAGAACAAGUAGCAGAAUUCCUUCUUAAGUCAGAUCCUGAAGAUCCUACAAAUUAUGUGCUUUUGUCAAACAUGUAUGCAGCUGCAGGCAAGUGGAAUGAUGCAGAAAAUGUGCGGAAAUUGAUGAAGGUCAGGCAAUUAAAAAAGACGCCUGGAUGCAGCUGGAUUGAGGUUAACAAUACAGUAUCUGUUUUUCUCUCAGGAGAAAUCUCACUUCCCUAGGCAAAGAAUAAUUAUGCGAAAGUUGGUUAUUUUUCGAUGCAGACGAAAGAAGAAGGGGUACUUGUCCAGCAUAAUCUUAUAAACUUCGUGCUGAAAGAUAUGGAGCAUUAACAAAAGGAAAAUAUGAUCUGCCACCAUAGCAAAAAAUUGAACCUUUGCUUUCGCCAUUAGCAGCAUGCCCACUGACACAAUGACAAGGAUAAUAAAAAAUCUUUUAGUUUGUGGUGACUCUCCAUGCUAUCAUGUUCAUUUCCAAGAUGGUUAUUCAAGAAAUUGCUAUCAGAGACGACAACUGUUUCCAUCAUAUAAAGGGUGAAAACCUGCAUUUGAAGCCCAUAGCUUGCUGGCCGUGGAGAUGUACCUUGAAUCCUCACACUUUAGUGAUUUGUUUAAAGUCUAUCUUCAGAAAUCCAAAACAAUUAUUCUUCUGUUUGCUGUUAUUUCAGAUGGCAGAAAUGUUUCGGUCCUUGGACGUAUCUGUAGGGUAUUAUAUCUUUAUGGAAUUUCCUGCUUGCUAGUGACACCAUUAAACCAAAAUAUUUUCAAAAUCUAUCACAGCCUCCCUGUUUAUA